AUGUAUGCUGAAUACCUAAUUUUCGUUUACGUCACGUUGGUUGUACACCACGCCAAAGCCUUACCCAAUGGAGCUCCAACCAGCGCGUGUUCAACUUUCAUGCCACGUCAUGUCAAUAGACAAAGUGGCGGAUUUCUCAGUUCACAAAGUCUGGUUGCCUCUCCGUAUUCUAUUGUUGUAUCAAGGACCAAUUUCACCAGAAAUACAGUAAUCAGAGUUCACAUUUCUGACAAUCGAACGACCCUAAAUGGAUAUCGCGGAAUACUUCUACAAGCUCGACUCAAUGAUUCAUUCAGUAAUGGAACUCAAGGAUCGUGGAUGAAUCCACCUCAGUUUACGAAACUUAUCAGAUGUAACAACCGUAAUGACGCAGUUACUCAUAGUGAGGUCAUAAACGUGAAAAAUGAAACGACUGUGUUUGAAUGGAGAGCACCGUGUGACAGAGACAUUGGAAAUGUAGUUUUCAUCGCAACCGUGGCACAAACUCGUGAACUUUUCUGGCCUCGUAUAACAUCAGAUGUUGUGAUGGAAGUGUCAAAUGUUGGAAGCGGACAAGGACCUACGCAGGCAGACGAAUGCGGGGAAAACGAAGCCUCAGUCACCUACGUAUCCAUACUAAGCUGUAUUCUGACAAUCCUGACUGCUUUGUCAAUAUCUUAGUCGGAUAGUUGAGUGGAAAAUUAGUUUAACUGAAAACAGCUAUGUACAUUAUUAACUUCAUCAUAUGUACUUUUUACAUCUACACACAACCACACCUUUUCCUUUGAUUUGAGUGACCGACCAGUGUGCAUGGAAGUGUAAUUUCAUGAGAUUGCAUUAGUGUUCGCUGGUAAGGACAUAAAUUUCAAAUGAUUGGUACAUAAAUUGUCACUGGUAGAAUAUUUAAGUGAAACUCAACAUACAAAAAAUUCAAUGAUCACAAAUGAGGUGAUUCAUAUGAUGACCGACUUCACUGGCCAGAUCUUUUUGUGUGAUUUUUGCUAUAAUAUGCGAGGGUAAGCUGAUGUAGAAAAUUCACUUCAAACUUUAAAGCGAAUUAGGAUUUUCUGUCGUGGGCUUUUUUUAUUCUGAAUAAUAUUUCAUUCAUAUCGCUUCAAAUUUACUUUGUUUGAAAUCACUGCCUCAUGUCAAAACUUUAAUUCUUUGCAAUUUUUUGAAUAUUAUCUACCAUAAACAACAUUCUAUCGACAAUCAU